CGGGCGGUCGGUCGGUCGGUCGGUCGGGCGGCCGGCGCGGGGCCUGAGGGGACCACGGGGCCCCGCCAUGACGGACUUCAAGCUGGGCAUCGUGCGGCUGGGCCGGGUGGCCGGGAAGACGAAGUACACCCUGAUAGACGAACAGGACAUCCCGCUGGUGGAGAGCUACUCUUUCGAGGCCCGGAUGGAGGUAGACGCCGAUGGAAACGGGGCUAAAAUAUUUGCGUACGCAUUCGACAAAAACAGGGGAAGGGGAUCCGGGCGUCUACUCCACGAGCUGCUGUGGGAGAGACACAGGGGCGGCAUCGCCCCGGGGUUCCAGGUGGUGCACCUCAACGCCGUGACAGUGGAUAAUCGGCUGGACAACCUGCAGCUCGUCCCCCGGGGCUGGAGACCCAAGGCGGAGGAAAUCUCCAGCAAGCAAAGGGAGCAGAGCCUCUACUGGCUGGCCAUCCAGCAGCUUCCCACGGACCCCAUCGAAGAACAGUUCCCCGUCCUGCACGUCACCCGCUACUACAAUGCCAACGGCGACGUGGUGGAGGAGGAAGAGAACUCCUGCACCUAUUACGAAUGCCACUAUCCCCCCUGCACGAUGAUCGAGAAGCAGCUCCGAGAAUUCAACAUCUGCGGGCGUUGCCAGGUGGCCCGUUACUGCGGCUCCCAGUGCCAGCAGAAGGACUGGCCCACGCACAAGAAACACUGCCGCGAGAAGAAGCGCGCCCUCCACCGAGAGCUGGAGCCGGAGCGAUGACCAGCCGGCCCCAGGUCCGCCGCCUCCUCGCCCCCGCCGCCCCCCGCCCCUCCGCCCCUCCGCCCCGGCAGCCGCGAGACUCUCGUUUUUGCACAGUUAAACGGCGGGCUGGUUAUCGAAGCCGGUGGCACUGAAGAAGACAAGACGCCCGCCGCUCACCCAGACCUAAAGCCGCCCGGGGCGGGGAGCCGGACGCGACAGGGACGGAGCGUCUCCCUUCCGGCGGUGUUUCUCCAGCAGGGACCGCAGGGGAGGUGUCCGGCCAGGAAGCUUCCCGUUAUUUAUAUGUUAAUACGUUUGUAAAACUCAUGUACAGUUUCUCUCCGUCCCUCUCCUCGCCCUCCCUCUCUCCGUCUCCCUCCGUCUCUCCUCCCCGUGUGUUUCGGUUUCGGUUUUCGUUAGAAGUUCCGGGUAGAGCCAUUUGCCGUCAAGAGACCCGCCGGGGGCCUCCCGCGUCCGGCCGCCCCAGCCGAAGCUUCCCCCGGCCCCGCCGCCCCCGGCCUCGACCCCCAGGACGGGCCGAGCCCGGGGCAGGGGUGAGGGCGGCAGUUGGUUUUGGAGAACGGUCUGCAUGGAAGUGAUAUUUAAAAAAAAAAAAAGAAAAGGAAAAAAAGGGUAAAAUGAAGUAAAGGGUUGGAAUGAC